CAUGUACGUACCUAGCAACUGUUACUCUUAAAUCUUAUCACCUUAUCAUAAGUGUUUAUUUUCUUUAUAAAAAAUUAGGAAACAAUAUUCUAAUUGUAAGAGAAAUUUACCUAUUAAAGAAUGGAAAACUUUCGAUCUCCAUAAUAUACGCAUGAAAGGUACGCUUUAGCCUGUUAUUUUGUCGUCGUUUCAUAAAAAAUCAAUAUUGAAUUCGGUUAUCUAUCUUUUCGAUAGGUAAAUGGUGAUUAUGCGGUGAUAUCGCCAAGAACUCUGCAUUAUUUUAGACCUCAAUAUAUUGCCACAAAAUCUGUAGAAUAAUGAGUACCAUGGUUUCUGUCGUAAAUUAAAAAAUAAAAUUAUGGUAAGAUGUAAUACAUUACUAUAACUAAAACUAUGAGAAAGGCAAACCUUAAUUAUGCAAAUGGAUUUUACAACUGGACAAUGACUUACAGGUUGGACUCAGAUAUACCAAAUCCUUAUGGUUUUUACGUUAAAUCAAAAAGAAAAGUUGAUGUCCCUUCUAAAGAAGAUUUGAAAAAAAGAAAGAAAUUAGUGGCUUGGUUUGUAUCCAGCUGUGACGUUUCUAGUAAAAGAGGAAAAUUAGUAAGCAAGAUAAUGAAAUAUACAAAAGUCGAUAUUUAUGGAAAAUGUGGUGAUCUAUCAUGUCAGAAAAAUGAUAACGAAUGCUAUCAAUUGUUAGAGAACAAUUAUAAGUUCUACUUGUCAUUUGAAAACUCUUAUUGCAAGGAUUAUGUAACAGAGAAAUUGUUCAAUAUUUACAACAUUUCUGUUAUUCCGGUAGUUUAUGGAAGGGCAGAUUACAAGAAAAUUGCACCCCCUCAUUCGUACAUAAAUGUGGAAGACUUCCCAAGUGUAGAAGAAUUAGUAAAAUAUUUAAAAUAUUUGGACGAAAACGACGACAAAUAUUUAGAGUAUUUUCAAUGGAAGUCGGACUAUUACGUUGUUUCAUCUUUUAAGUAUUUUAUUUGUGAUUUGUGUAAAAAACUAAACACCGAUUUUACUCCUAAAACUUACAAGAACAUUGAGAAGUGGUGGAAAGGUGCAGAAGACGACCCUUCAUGUUAUACUAAUAUAGAUCUCCCUCGAAUAGUUAUAGACGAUUAAAUUUAGAUAUGCUAAUAUAUCAUCAUCAUUAUAAGGUCGUCAGUCCUAAGACUGGUAGGACACGCACCUCCACUCUUUCCUAUCCUAAGCU